AUGCCGGUCAUACAACCAUUGAAGGGGUCGACUGAGGCCCCUGCAACUUAUAAGCAACCCUCGAGGAAAGGCAAGAAGGCAUGGAGGAAGAAUGUCGAUGUUACGGAGGUUGAGAAAGGUCUUGAUGAGUUAAACGAGGAAAUUAUCAAAGGUGGUGUCAUUGCUGAGCGACCCUCCGAAGAGCUCUUCGUUCUUGAUACAGUAGGCGAUGCCUCGUUACCAAAGAAAUUCCCAAAGCAUACUUCGAAGCCUCUUAAGGCUGACGAGAUUAUUGCCGCACGCUCGGUUAUUCCCGCUGUUUCAAUGCGAAAGCGCCCAGGAGAUAAGACUACAGACGGUAUUAUUCCAUCCAAGAGGCCGCGGAGGGAAUAUGUCACGCAGAAAGAGCUUUCUCGAUUGCGCAAAGUUGCAGAUGGUUUUCAUGAGUCUACGGUAGAAGUCGCGGAUGCAUCCUUCGACCCAUGGGCAGUAGAAGCCAAACCCGAAACACCAACAGAUAUAGAAGACAACAGAAACGAUAAGAAAAAGGCACCCAAAUCCAUAUCUAAGAAACCGAUCUCGCUACUAGCUAGUGGAAAGACACCCAAGGCCGUACCGAAGCCUACUGGUGGAUACAGCUAUAACCCGGACUUUGCUGACUACGAAGCCCGUUAUAAGGAAGAAUCUAAUAAAGCUGUCGAAGCAGAGCGCAAGCGCCUAGAAGCCGAAGAGGCGGCUCGUCUCAAAGCGGAAGCUACCGCCAGGUCAGCGGCGGAGGCGGAGGCUGCAGAAGCUCGAGCAGAAUUAUCUGAGUGGGACGAGGACUCGGAAUGGGAAGGCUUCCAGAGUGGUGGCGAGGAGCUUAAGGUCAGCGCCAAACGGCCGGGACGCAAAAACCCAGCCCAACGGAACAGAAUUCAAAGACGAAAGGAAGAAGAGCGUCGACUCAAGCACGAAGCUAAGACCAAAGUCCGGAAAGCGCAGCUAGAAGAAAUCAAACGAAUCGCAAAGGAGAUUGCCGAACGUGAGCACGAACAAAAUCUGGCACUCGCAAACCUUGAACAGAGCGAUAGCAGCGCUGAUGACAAUGAUGAGGAGCUCCGGCGUCGUCAACUUGGCAGGUUGAAGCUGCCAGAGAAAGACCUCGAGUUGGUCUUACCAGAUGAAUUAGAAGAUUCCCUUCGCCGCCUGAGACCCGAAGGCAACUUAUUAAAGGACCGUUACCGGAGCUUACUCCUGAGAGGAAAGGUGGAGGCUAGAAGGAGAAUACCGUUUAGGAAGCAGGCGAAGACCAAGCUCACAGAAAAGUGGGCUUAUAAGGACUUUAGCAUUUAG